AUGGCUUCUGUGAGCUUGCUUAAACAUUUCUCUCAGUGCACAGCCUCUGAAGAUGAAAUAAAGAAGUCGCUUCGCACCUUGGCGAAGAAAUGGCACCCUGACAAAAACAAGAAUGCAGGUGUGGAAGAAAGGUUUAAAGAAAUUUCGGCAGCUUAUGACUACCUGCAAAGUAAAGAUCGCAGAGAGAUACUUGAGAGAGAUGUUAACAAGAAAAGAGAAGCAAAGAAACCAGAAACCAGAAAUGAACAACCGUCAAGUUUCUAUGAAACAGCCAACAAUUCAAAAACACAGUCAGAGAAGAAGAAAAACAAACAACCAGGGAAGAAGAAAGAUCCAUUCUGGACAAGCUCCUUCUUUAGGAAGAAUAAGGAAGAGAGGAAGAAACCAUGGCAUCAGAAAGGGGAGAGAACUCCUUCAUAUGAAGAAGAAAAGGCUGCACCGAAAUACAACAAACAGCCUCCAACAUUUUCUGAUGCAUUUCGCUCAUUUGUCAAUCAUCUAUAUUCUGAGUUGGAUGCUUUCUUUUAUGAGCCGGGGCAGGAAGAUGCAUUUGCUGACAUCCUCUCUCCAGUAUCUGUCAGUCCUCACAGGAAAACCAAGAAGAAACCGCCGAUGAGACCACGUAAUGUUGCCCCAGAAACAGGGAAGGCGGAGGGAUUGGAUGAAGAAUACAUGUUUACACCACGUUCAGGUCAUCAAGAGAGGACAUAUGCAUCUGAUGACAAUGACGGGGAAUUCGGAUACGAUGCUGACAAAGCAGCUGCUAGGAUGCCUUGCAGCCACUGUUGGAAGCCUGUCAGAGCCUAUAAGCUGUACCAACAUGAGCAGGCUUGUGGCAAGUUCACUGACAGCUCCAAUGAUGAGGAUACAUUCUCAGACAUCAAUUCCCGACCUCAAAAGGCAACUGGUGACUGGCGUCACACACGUGCAGAACUCCAUAAUCAUAUCCGCAGGGCUAAGCAGGCAGCUAGGGCCAGAGCUGCUGAGGAACGUUUCGCACCCGUGACAUGCAAAUGGUGUGGUCGUACGUUCAACAAGCAGGCAGGCAGCAGAACAUCACAUCCCCGUGUGUGAGAGAUGGACAAAACAACAUGGCAGGCCCAUGAAUCCUACUGGUCACACAACUACCUCCAGCAUGGGCAGCAAG